UCGUGUAGUUUGAUAAUAAGAGCUAAAAAAAAGAGACCAAACAGGAGCCUGUUGCCGUCCAGGCGAAGGAUAACCGGAAGUUUAAUAGUGUAUUUCCGUUAGCUUCACAGUGGUCCCCUCUCCCGUCGUGUCAGCCAGGCUAACCCAGCAUCACCGCCUUCUUCUUUCUAUCCUUCUGUAUCUUCUGUCCCUCUCUUAUUUUUCCCCUCGUUCCUGACAAUUCCACGGACUCCUCCGACGCAGGCUCCUUCGGUGAUGCUCAUUUCCCCGUCGACCAGAUGGUUAUUCGGUAGCAGCGCCAGCUGUCGUGUCGCAUCAAUCGGAGGAAAAAAAACAUCCAUCCACGACGACGUGGAGGCUGGAUGCGAAUUCAGCAACGCCCGCUUCGACACGCGCGGUCCUCACCAGAUAGUUGUAUGUUUUCCAUGUCUGCCUGUUUGCAUGUGAAAGGGCUCGAAGGCUGCAGCCUUUCCCCACCGCUUCUUUAGCGCCGCCAGGUAGCGGCGAACACGAGCUGGGCUGCCGGAGAGCUCCAUGCUCCUCCAUUCAGCGCGUUCACGUCACAUUUCUGCAGACUGCAUCCGUGGCCUUAACCAUCCUCAGUGCUCCUCCUCUCCCUCUGAAGCCUCCUCAUUCUCCUCGCCGCCUCCCACCAUCGCGUCCAGCUGUGGCCCUCACAGGGCGCGCUCGCUGGCUCUCACCUGAUUGGUCCCUGGCCUCAGGACGACAGCCAGCAACAACACCUUCCCUACAUGAGGGACAAAGCCACUCAGACCCCCCGGGCCUGGGCAGAUGAGAGGAGGAGGGGCUCUCACAAACGCUCGGCCUCCUGUGGGAGCACCGACCAGCUCAAGGAGAUCGCCAAGCUGCGCCAGCAGCUGCAGCGCAGCAAACGCAGCAGUCGCCAUCGCAGGGACAAAGAGCGCAAGUCGCCUUUCAAUGGCAGCCACGCCAUCAUCCAGUCGCAGAUGCCCAAAACCAUCCUGAUUCCCAUUCCAAUAUCCAAGUCAUCGGCUCCUCGUUUCCGGAACAGCGUGGAGGGUCUGAACCAGGAGAUCGAACGCAUCAUCAUCAGAGACACCCCCGAGAAGGACGAGACCAUCGUUCCUCAGGAUGUCCCGGAUGGGCACCGUGCACCCCCACCCGUCCCUCCCCAGCGCAGCAGCAGCACCCGCAGCAUCGACACGCAGACUCCAUCUGGAGGCGGCCUGAGUGGUAACCAUAGCAACUGCAGCAGCCGACCCGACUCCAUCUCUCCCUCCUACCUCACUGUCCUCAACGACGCAGCCGGAGGCAGCCCCUACGAGGAGAAAGAGAUCAGCCCGUGCUCCCCACUGCCUAAAUACGCCGCCUCCCCCAGACCCAACAACAGCUACAUGUUCAAGAGGGAGCCUCCAGAGGGCUGCGAGAAGGUGAAGGUGUUCGAGGAGUCCAUGCCCAAAGCUCUGCAGGAGAUCCCGCCCUUUUUGUGUCCCGACCGCAACAAGGUCAACUUCAUCCCCAACAGCGGCUCUGCCUUCUGCCUCGUCAGCAUCCUGAAGCCCUUACUUCCUGCCCCGGACCUCAGCUUUCGCCCCGGGGUGGGCCUCCGCAGCCUGUCUCCGUCCCUCGUGCCUCUGUCCACCCAGCCCUGCCUCCUGGAGGAGCCCGAGAGCUUCUGACUGCCCCCCCACC